CCCACUAUAGUGUUGUAACUUCAUGAAAAAAACAUGACGAAUAGAGGUUGCGUGUUGCAUCAAUACUGCCAGUUUAGUGACUUAUAAAAAACUUUGUCAAUAAUGGCAUCGCCUUCAAAAGUCAAGGGAUCGAAAUCAUCUAAUCUUAAGAGGAAACAACCAACAAUAAACCCCUUUUUACCAAAUGAAGAAUCGGGUGGUGGAACGGCGAAGAAAUUCAAAACCUCAACCGUGAUUGACCCGUCGGGAUCGUCAUCAGUAAAGUUAAAGCCGGAAUCUAGUAACGAUGCAGACAAUGGUCAGCAGUUUUUUAGUAGUGUGGUCGCCUACAUCCUUCCAGCGGGAAUUGGAAAAGCACGCACCGACAUCUUCAAAAAACAAAUGUCUAAAUUUGGCGCCGAAGUACUUAAUGUUUGGGACGAAGCAAUAUGCACUCAUCUGAUUGUUGAUGAAGGGAUGGAUGUGGAACGCCUCAAAAGAAUCAUGAAGAUUGAAAAGGCACCAUCAAACAGUCUUGUACUAAGAGCAAGCUGGCUGAGUUUUUGUCUGACAGAGAAGCAACUUUUGCCAACUGACAACCAUAAACUAAGGUUUCCAAUGAUUCAAAAAGAGGAUAUGUCAAGAAAACCAGAUGCUUCUUCCAAACCAGUUUCCAAUACAAGUCAGAAAUCUGAAACUGCUGAGUCUUGUGAUAUUAAGAAUAAAACCCUUGAGAAGAAAACUGAUGGACCAAAAGCUUCUGACGUGCCAUCUACGUCCAAUGCCCCAAUGUCCAAUGUUCAAGGAACUAAGUGGACAAGUCCAGUGAAAGCAGCAGGUUCAGACCGGGGAUAUGAUAGUGAUGAUAGUAACUAUGUACCCAGUGAUGAUGAUGACGGGCAGGAAUCUCUGAUGAUAACCACAGUAUCUGAUGCUACUGGCCCAUCAUCCAAUGUAUCAACACCAGCAUCCUCCCCACAAAAGCUUCCAAAAGGUAACUGGGUGUGUUCCAAGCCAUCAACCUCUCAGCAGAAAAACCUUAAUGACCACAUCACUGAAAAGCUGGAGGUUUUGAUGAAGACCUAUGCUAACACCAAAGAUCACUGGAGGGCCAUGGGAUAUCGGAAAGCUAUCACUGCUCUGAAGCAAUACCCUAAGGAAGUCACUAGCUGGGAGGAAGCCAAUAAAAUCCCAGGCAUUGGAACUCGCUUGGCAGACAAGAUCAGUGAGAUUUUAGAGAGUGGACAUCUGAGGAAGAUCGACCAUGUCUGUGGUGGAGAGGACAUGAAGGCUCUGGACAUCUUCAACCAAAUCUGGGGAGUGGGACCUACGGUGGCACAAGAAUGGGUUCAACUGGGAUUCAGGACACUGGAUGACGUGAGAGAGAAGGCCAAGUUAACCAGGCAGCAAAAGAUUGGCUUGAAACACUAUGAGGAUUUCUUAGAAAGGAUGCCUAGACAGGAAGCAGGAGAAAUUGAGAGAACGGUUCGGGAAAUGGCAGAAAGUGCUACCCCAGGUAUGCUGGCAGUUGUUUGUGGAUCUUAUCGGCGAGGCAAGGCAACUUGUGGAGAUGUUGAUGUGCUUAUCACUCAUCCAGAUGGUAAAUCACACCGCGGAGCACUGGGCAAGAUUCUCGAUGGACUACGAGCAAAAGUAUCAUCAACAAUGGAAACUGUGACGUCAGUGCGAAAUGAACAAAUACAAAUGAAUCAAGGCAAAACUGUCAGAGACUGUUGGAACAUUGUCUUAGUUUACAGUCCCCUGGAGAGCUGUAUAGACACAAGGAGAAUGAUUAAUCACCCUUCUUCGUACAUCUGGUGAAGUCACAUGGUGAUCAUUGGUUGUCAUGGCAGCAACUGGCGAGAAUGAGAGGAAGUUGUCACAAUGCAAGAAAACAAUGUCAGAGGAAAUUAUUGCACGUUUUUUUGAUCAGGAUUUGUAGCAGCAGAUAGGAUAGUUGCUUGUUUGUCGAUGGUUGUGUGGAUUAGUAAUGGUAAAAAUGAUCAAUUUGUUAGUCGAUUGGAGGCAGGCAGUCACUGAUCAGUCACUGAUCAGUCUGUUAAUGAAUUUACCAACGGUAAUGAGAAAUUAAUGCACCUUACGUGAUAGAUUGACAGCGAGAAAGAAUUGAUAAAUGUUUGAGAUAAAUUUGGAGACUGUCAUAUUUGUAAAUCUACCAGGAAGGGCUUUCGUUAUUAUACUUGGUUAAAUCAAAUUCAUUAUGAUAAUUCAAAGACCAAAAGCCUCUGUUAACGGCACAUCACACACAACACUGUUUUGAGUUCACCCUCAGCAAUUUCACAGUUUUCAAUUUCGGCCAACCCAGUGGAGACCUGAAAAAGGAUAUCACAUAGCAGACGAAUUCAGUCCUUUUGCAUCGCUUACAUAUAUCUUGGAAACUCAGCUUUAAAUGGCGUCAACGAAGAUGAUUUACAGUGUAUGCCCGCGUAAAAAUCUGUGCGCGAUGUUGCAGAGAAAUAGACAAGUUCCUGAUUGUCUGGGACGGCUUGCAGAUUCACGAAGGAACAUAUGGGUUGUUUUGUUUGUCAUUUUGGGGAAGUGAAUGUACGGAUCUUACUCUUCAUUUCUAAUAGCACUGAUGAUAUUCCUUGACCGCUUUGAAUUUCGAUUUUUUUGUGUGUGUUUCUAUACAAACUAAUUUACCCUGUGACAGGCUACGUGCGUGCAUAUCCUUGCACAGGUAGGCAAAUUGGCUGAGUUAACGUCAAUUCGAUCACCCGUCAUUCUCCCCUUGAUGAAACCGUCAGUGGUUGCAUCAAUUCCCCCCCUCCAUACUCGAUGCUUGUCGAGCAUUAUUGUUACAACCCUAUCGGGCAAGGUAUUUAAUUUUCGCCAAAUAAGAUAGCCCAGGGGCGAGAUGCGUUGGCGCGCGCGCACGCACGCACCCACAACAUAGACUCAAUAUGCUGCACGACCUCAGAUCUGCAAUUUCCGUGCUGGACGUUAAAAGCAUUGAAAUUGGACUGUAGACUUAAUGGUUAUUAUACCCGAUGCUCUGACAGGUUUCUGAGGCAGCAGAAAAGACCAUAGGAAAUUGGGGUUGAGUAUGUGCGUACUUCCUUCGUCAAAGCAUCUAUGGUCAAAGCUGUGACCAAGAGCAAAGACCUAUGUUGUGACCUACACUACACUUAAGUCUUUGAAUUUGUGGUUUCAACGGAAAGCCAUUCUGAUCUAUGGGAGUUUUGUGUGAAACCCAAUAUACUGCUCAUAAUACGACUGGCUUCGUAUAACCUAGGUCUUUGAAAUAAUUUGUCCAGGGCUGGGAACCUGAGAAACUCGAAACCACGUGCCACUUUGAAUGAAGAAGACAUUAAGGAAUGGGAAAAUAAAAUAACUCAACGGACACAGUGCCUUCCCUUCGCCCCAGGCAGGUAAUCAUCCUAUCAAACAACGUUUCCUCGCUCUGUGCUUAGUACCAAGAAUAUUCCAAAUCUUUGCUUUCACGCACAAGACGACAACCAAUCGGAAGUGCUUCUGUUUUGCUUCCAAGAAUUCGAAGUGAUCUGUAGCUGGAAAACUCGGAAUUCAAGCAGUUCAUAAUUAACGCACCUUUCAUCCGGUUUACUUUCUGGCCAGCUGGAUACAUGUAAUUGGCGGGAAACCCGACAAGUCUACAAAAAAGCACGCGCCGACUAAAGCGUACGGCGUUGCCGAGGUCGUACACGUCACAUAGUAUAGCUCAAGCUUUUAAAGGCCGGCUGACGUAAACUCGCUUCUGCAGAGAAAAUGGCUUUCGGAGUGCCUUGUCAACUUCUGAGUUACAAGAAGCUAUCCAUCGCAAAAGAAUUGUGCAGACAGGAGAAAGAGGUUUUUCUCGGUUGGCGAAAACCUUUUUUUCGUGAACUGGAAACGAACGACAACGGAGAAACUCUCCAGAUUGCGCGGUCAGUUACAGAGAGUGUUUGCACCAGACUCAAAAUUCUCAAUAAGUUUGCACAGUUCAAGCAGACAUUUGCAGUCCUUUCUUGGUAAAACUUCUUUUCACUUUGUUUUUGUCUUAAAAAGACAAAAUCUUGGAAAUGGCAUUGUAUAGAAUAUAUGCUAUUCUUACUGAGCAAAUUUUACCCAGUAAUUCCCAAAGGAUAAAAAUGAAACCACAAGAAGGAAUCUUUAUGAUUGUGCGUACAUCUCGUUUUUUGGUAAGGUUCCCCAUAUAUCCUUUUAUCAAUUAUUUCGAAUAUAAACAUGGAGGUAUACUGCAAACGUGAGUUAUUACGUAUCUGAGGUAUGAAAAGUCUGAAAGUAUACUUCUCAUACUAAAGUCCGAAAUUUUAUUUCAUGAACAGUUUUACGAUGAGAGGCAUGGGAAGACCCGUCACCAAUGGAGUAGUCAAUGAUUGAUACUGCAUGAUAAAAUAUCGAAAAAUUAUGGUCUCUUGGUGGCAAUGAGUUAUACUCCGCAUUUUGAUGGGAACUCGCUACCGGUCUUUCCACUGCAGGCUAACCCCGUGCCAUCUCACCCUUUAUUUAUCAAGAUUUGAAUCAUAACAAAUUGACGUCAACAGAAGCGGCAGGCGAGCGUAUUGAUAACAUUGACAUAGUAAUGAUAGGAUUGUUAUGGCGCUUGAUGUCAAGGGUCGACUAGCAGGGAGUUGCGGGUCGUAUGGUCGCGUAGAUAGGUGGUUGGGAAUCAUACCACCAGAAGGGUUUUCCCAUUGGCCGAGUUCACUUGCCCCUGGUGUACUCAGCUGUGCAUGACACAAAUCAAUUUGUUGGUUCACUCUCAGAAUGACUUUUGACCCAUUAUAAAAUUGUUUAUUUACGCUAACGUAAGGUUAACCCAAGUGCGUAGAUGCAAUGGUUUUCUAGCUGUCGUUAGUGAGUUCACAACGUUUAACAGGUGGAAUGAGCAUUGCUCUAUGCUUCCUCUUUGAAGAAGAGCUCUUAAAUUUGAUUUAAAUUAGCAAACGCCAAGACAAUUUUUCCAUAAGCCCUCGAAGUCGGUGUGUGUAGAGUAAAAUAACACGCAAGAUAUUUACGAUUACUUUGAGGAAAAAACAGAAUGUUGAAUACAUGUGCCUGUAAUCAACAUUCUAAGGACACUGGAUGUACAUACAGCUUAAUAGUGUGAUGAAUUUGGAAUUGUUUUUGGCGUAUAGGCCUAAGGCAUUCGGUGCGAAGUGAGGAUUAUUCCCUUUGUCGUGAAUGAUAUUUAUCCCAUCCAAGUUGUGCACUCAUUUGGUCUUUCAUUGCUAGUUGGCUCCAUUUGUCAAUAUGCAUCCAUCAAUAAAUAUAGAGUAAAAAAAAACUAAAAGUCUUUUUAGCACAAUGAUGUCAUACGAAUUCAAGCGUGGAAGUUUGCCUGUUCCAAAGUGUUAAUCUUUGCAACAUCGAUGCAAGGCUUGCCAACUGCCUUUCCCAAUCUUUCACUUUGUUGCGCAAGCUUGAAUCAUAUUGCACGCUCCACUGGUAAUGGCUGAACAGUUUAAUUGAUAUGUCGGGCGGGAGAAAGAAUCUCGUAUAAAAGAAAUAAAUAAAAACGUAUAUGUGCAAUGUUUGUGGAAAGUUGUGUACCGGUAAUUUGUUAUUUUGCCAAAAAUUUGCUCCUUUUAUCUUAGCUACACCGACGACCGCUGCGGUGUGGUUGUAAGCCAGCUUAUUCGUGAACAGUUUUUUCUUUCAGUUCUUUAAACGCUCGCAAAAACAUUGCACUGUCCUGAAGUCACGGCAACAAGGUGCCAGUCAACUAAAAACAGACGCAUAGGUUUUUCGGGUCACAAUCCAGCCUUUCAACCUUGGCCUUGAAUUUUGUUUCCUUUCAGCCUCUUGAUAGAGAACUUUUCAACUUUCGAGAGGUCUCAGACAGCCCUUGUAAUAUCCUGUUAGAAAUCCCCUGUGUGCACUUUGCAAAGAUCGGGCGUUUGUCAGUGAGUUGUCACUGGCUACAAUGCAAGUCCAGGCGUGAACAGACGAUACGUCAUGUCAUUGAGAGAAUGCGUGGUGAGUCACCAACCAAUGACGUCAGCCAUUAACUGGUAACUGACUGUGUCCUUUGGACUGGAUAAUGCCGUUUGCGAGUCUUUGCCGGGUGCCAGUUAUGACUGAUAGCUGGAGACGCGUGGCUGGCCGCCGACAGUUCAGUAUAAAAACCACGCAGCACGAACACUCCAGCAGAACCGUACUCAUCUUGCAAUUGAAACGUUUGAAGUUUACUUCAGCGAUCCCAAAAAACUUGAACUGUCUGAGUCAGUCAAUCUUCAGCGUCAAAUCAUGAUGGCACCUCCAACAGUGAUGAUGGGAGCUCGUUUGAAGAGCCAGGAGAGCCCAGCACAUUCCCCGGCCCGUCGUGGCCGGCGCAAUGCCAUGGCCGACGUGACGGUCGGUAUCACGGCAGACCAGCGACACGCUUUGGAAGAAAUGGUACAGACCUACGUCCCAGACUUCUUCGACGCAGAAGCUGCAAUCGGAAACAGAGGAAGUCACCGGCGAAAUGCAGUGGCUAACGUGGUUGCAGAACUGACCCAGAACGAUCUACAUCACCUAGAACACAUGGUACGAACCUACCAUCCCGAGAUGACAACUCGUCACCACACUGAUGACAACGACGAUGACUCGUCAUCGGGUGAUGGCGAGGACGCUUGCUCUCCUAACGGUCCCUGUCCAGCAUAUUACGAGCGCCGCCGCAACGCCCUUGCCAAUCCGCUGGCCAACUUAGACGAGGAGACAAUCCGCCGGAUCCGGUCCCUUCAUAAUUGCAGACACAGAUCGUCGAAUCUGGGCAGAAUCUAAAAAGAAAUCACCAGCAAUGACUGUCGUCAUGGUAACGUACGAAUCACACGACUCUGACAUGCAUUAUAGAACUUUAGAAUGAGAUAGUGCCUUCAAGCAUGGAGCAACAGCAACAUGGCGCAGUCCUCCUUCAUCUAAAGUUUUGCCUAAAAGUUUAUGGACAAAAGCCGUCAACUGGACAAAACUGUUCCCUGCAGUUCAGACGCCCUGUAACCCUUCAUGAACGGCUGUCAGUGCAACCCUGGACUUGAUCUAGAUCAUGUCACGCCUCACCGGCGCCUUUAUCCCGCCAAGAAUGACUGAUUUCCGUUACCACAGUAAUUGAUGACGUCGGCACAGUGACUUUACAAAACUAACCGUCAUUCUUCGCCAUUGAGUUAUUCAAGUUUAGACCCAAUUUAAGAACCAUGUUUUGCACGCCCAAAAAACUACAAUAUCAUGAGUAAUACUUCAACAUUCAAUACAAGUUUUUUUCCAAAUUUGGUCGUAAAAUCUGCUUGCUUCAGAAUGCUCUUGCUGUGGCCUUUCUGAUUUGCCUCGAUACUUGGGUAUGCAAACUUUCAUGAUUUAUGUGCACUCUUGUUAAAAUUGUACUGAAUACGAGUUUCCUAAUUGUGCUGGACGUGUCCGAAAGUAAGUUUCAAUGAUCAAAGCACUUUUCCGAAAUCACUGUGCUGAUUUGGUAUUCUGCAUUUUGUUUCCUGCACACCGUCCUUUACUUUUACCAGAAAGGAAAGUGAUAGGCUUAACUCUAGUUUUUGUACUGAAAUGCAUAUUUACGCAUUUUUGAUCAAGGUGUUUUCAUUCACAUAUUUGAUACUUCAUGCUUUAUUGUGACGGUUAUCGGAAGCAUUACGAUGUAUUCAAGCUUAUGGCUGGACCAUAGGUUAAUUAAAGGUUUUAAUAAAUGUCGCCUCACGUUUAAAUUA